CUGUGAAACGAAUAAGACGGCGUAACGUUUUCGACACCGGUAGACCUGACAUCUUUCCAUACAAUAAUACCACAUAAACAACGGUGCGGAUGGCGUUGGUCAUUUGUUCUGCCAUGGAAACUUUCGAAUUUGAUUCGAGCCAAUACACUAGCAAAAACAGUUGAUUCGCCGACGUUCCGCCGAAUGUUCCAUGGCCAUAGAACACUCGAGCCCUUGUUUACAGACCAAUGCGUUCUCAUCAAACAACAAUCCUCGUAUGGCUGGCAUCCUUCAAAGCUAGAAUUUCAUGGUGAUCUUGUGUAAUUGUGUAAUUUUGUGGUGAAACCAUGACCAACGUUUGCAGAGUGCAUGGCAAUACUUCAGAAUGUGUCUCAUCUGAACUAGCGAAACUCAAAAUUGCCGUCGCCUUAGUAGUCAUACGUAGCAAGCCAGCCGACCAAAAUGCCAAGGAUUUCGUUCACAACUUAGUGUUUUUUCAACAAGAUAAAGAGCAAAGAUGGAAAGCCGAAUAUCACCGACUCAAACAGGAAGUUCUACAGUUAAGACAACAACAACUUUUAUUUUCAAUUAACACCAGGCUCAGUUCGCAUUCGAGUGAGGAUUUUGGCAUUAGUCCAAACCGUCAUUAUUCUCAACUAGUAUUAACACCACCCGAUUCGCAAUCAGAUAGCCAGCCAAGUACAACAUUGACGUUACCGACAUUGGCACCCAACAUCCCUGAAAAUGACAAAGCCGACGCAGAUCACAUGACAUUUCUACGGGCUUACUUCUAUCUAGAGCAUCAAUUGCGUUUAAAUCUGCCAUCACCACCAUCACUAAUCGGCCUUAAUAACGAAAUCUUGGAGAAGGACGUGGUGCGGCAAAGCGUGCUGUCUGUAUUGCAACAUGUCGAUUCCAACACACCCAAGGAACAAUCGGAUUUUUCGAGAUGUUUGGAUAGCUUUCGCGUCUGCGUUCGAUUACUCGACUCUCACGGCAAAUGGAGUCAAUCCAUGCUGGACAAGUUCAUUGAACUGUCCUCCUGUUGGUUGAAACGGAUGAUGCAGGGUGACAACGUGCUUAGAUACAACGCCCUGCUUGCCAUUUUAGCCGACUCGAACGGGAUGGCCGCACUGCUAGCUGAAUCUGUUGUCAAGUCGAUAGCCGAGUCGCACGAAAAGAUGAAUGAGUGGGAGUGGGACAGCGUAGAGCUCAUCCCUCGGCCUGUGCUGACCCACUUUUCCGGUAGUUCCUAUUACUUCCUCUUGCUGGAGAAAACCAUUCCUCGAAUGGGUUCGUCCGAUAGGAGUCGAUUCCAGGCCGCUUUAUCCCACGUCGGACAGCGGGUUCACGUCAACUUUCCCCUCUUUGCUGCUUCGAUGAUGCGGCUGGCCCAUCAGCUUGGCAACUGAAUCGAAAAGACGUGCCUGCUCAUUUAUGCCCUCCGUGCGCUACAAUCAAUUUCCCAUUGUUUCCCUUUUUACUUCAUGCUCUUUUUUGUAAUAAUUGCAGCUUGAUUUACCCACUGAUUCGCAAUCUGUUUUUGUUUGUGUGUGUGUAUGUAUGUGUCAUGGGUUUAUUGCAUCUAUUCAAUUUAUUCUUUUUUUUUUUUUAUUAUUUUUUUUUUCCUUGUUUCUUUUCUUUCGUCAUCAAAAGGAGGCCCUUGAGCUUCGCUGGAUCACCAUGGCGUAGAGGAUUGCUGGGGGAACAAGAUGAACGAGGAAAAUGGAUAGAGAGCCGAAGAAGAUGCAAGGAAUUUUAAUAAAAA